UCACCAUUUUUGAAAUUUUAAUGAUUUUAACCUCAAAUUUAGAACACAGUUGAAAACAAAUUUUUAGCCCAACAUUCGAAAUGGCUGGAACUUUGUGUGCUAGAUUAAAUAAGCUUUCAUCUUUUUCUGGAAUUACAGUCCCUGCACGCAAGGUUGCUGCUUUAUCUGCUUAUGAUGUUCAGCACAAACACCCUUUUGCCAAGAAAGUGACCCCAAUUCCAAAAGCCAAAUAUGGAGGUCGCCAUGCUGUAACCAUGUUACCUGGUGGUGGUAUUGGACCAGAACUAAUGGGAUAUGUGAAGGAAGUUUUCAGGUAUGGAGGAGUCCCAGUUGACUUUGAGACUGUUCAAAUUGAUCCAAAAAGUGAUAGUAAUGAAGAUUUAGAGUAUGCGAUCACUUCCAUUCGAAGGAAUGGAGUGGCCAUUAAAGGUAAUAUUGAAACAAAAAGUCUUGACACAGAUGUCAUCUCCCGAAACGUCGCUUUACGUAAUGAGUUGGAUCUGUUCGUCAAUGUUGUCCACUGCCAAAGUUGCCCUGGCAUCAAAGCGCGGCAAAAGGAUAUUGAUAUCAUAAUCAUCCGUCAAAACACUGAGGGUGAAUAUGCCAUGUUGGAGCAUGAGAGUGUUCACGGAGUUGUUGAGUCCAUGAAGGUUGUGACAGAAGAAAAUUCAGAAAGACUGGCGCGGUAUGCUUUCGACUAUUGUAGACUCCAUGGCAGAAAGAAAGUCACCACUGUCCACAAAGCCAAUAUCAUGAAACUGUCAGAUGGACUGUUCUUAGAAGUCUCAAAGAGGAUAGCAAAAGAGUACCCAGACAUCCAGCAUGACGCCAUGAUUAUUGACAACACAUGCAUGCAGCUCGUGGCAAACCCACAUCAAUUCGACGUCAUGCUCACAACCAACCUCUACGGCUCCAUCGUCUCCAACGUCAUUUGUGGUCUUCUUGGAGGUGCUGGUCUGCUCUCUGGCCGAAACUACGGUGACCACUAUGCUGUUUUUGAGCCAGGAACCCGUAACACUGGUACUGCAAUCGCAGGGAAGAACAUCGCUAAUCCUAUUGCCAUGUUAAACGCGUCAGUAGAUAUGUUGGAGCACUUAGGUCACGACUCACAUGCCGAAGUUAUAAGAACUGCAAUUAACAAAACCAUUAGCGAAGAUCAUAUUCACACACCUGAUUUGGGUGGUCAAGCAACCAGUAUCGAUGUUGUGCAAAAUAUCAUCAAGCAUGUCCAAGCUCUCUCUAAAAAGUGAUGAUUCUCUCUCAUUUGUUCCCGCAAACUCAUAGUAUCAAAGCGAAAUCUAUAAAUCUGUCCCUUGGCUGAAACACACUGUUCACAUUAUUCUCACUUUUCAUGCCUCCCAGUCGUGUCUCUACGUGAUAAGGUUAUCAGAUGUAUUAAAUAUUAAAUGGAUUGCAUUUUGCAAAAAGGAACCAAGAGCACUCCAGUGUUGCUUAGAUUGUGCAACUUUUUUUACCUUGCAAAUAUUAAUUGAUCGUCUGAACAAGUCUUAUCAUUACUCCCAAUAAAUUGUGAAUUCAAGACGAACAUUGCCUUUGUAAAUUUAAUAUUUUGCAUGAUUUCAGUAAUUUUAUCGCGAAGAAUGUAAGUUGCACAAUCCUAGCAACAUUGGAAUUCUCUUGGUUCCUUUUUGCAAAAUGCAAUCCAAAUCACCUGUUAUAGUCUCAGCCAUGAGCAUUUCAAAGCGCCUUCAAAUUCGCCGGGUAGGCAAUUAGCAGCCCGGAGAGUUAAAAUAGUUGCCAUCUGCACCGGAUGAAGUUAAAUGUGCGAUCAGUCAUUUUUACUUUCAUGCUGAUGGUCCCCGCUCCUGAUUUGACUGUUUGCCUCUUCUUCUCCAUUCAAACGCAUUAGAAACAGUGAGCAGUCAAUCAUAGUCAGGGCAGACUGCUGCAAAAAUAUCGAUUGCUUUAACAUACUUUCAAGAGGACGAAAUCUGGUGUUGCCAACCUUUCAAGAAUCGCCACCGGUGAAUAGCGAUCACCAAAGCACGAGGGCUCGGGAAAAGAGGCUACCUGUUAACCUGUUGUCGUCAUCUCGAUAAGUUACUCAGAUUUUAAUAAUAUUUUUCAAAUGUGACAUCGUCCGCUACCCGAUGGCAUGACAGAAUUUUUCAUUCAAAUAACAGAAAUUAAAAAAAAAUCCUCUUUGUUUUACAUUCAAAUACUAAAUCAGUCGUCGCAGUCCUUGCCAUGAACAAUUAAAUGCGCCUUCAAAUUUGCCGGAUAAGCAAUUUGCACCCCGGAGAGUUAAAAUAGUUGCUGCCUUGUGAAAUGACGGAACUCAGAUCAUUUCUGCGGAUGGAUUUACAAUGAAGACAAUGAGUACAAUAAACAUGUUCUUCUCUAAAGCUCCCGUAGGUCUAAGCCUUGUCAACGCUGGUUCGAAUCGUAUAACUCGAAUAACGCUGUCAUAAAUCGGAGAUUAAAGGACUAAAAUAGUCCUUUAAUCAAACUCGGAUUGUUUUUGAUUAGCAAAAACCAGACGUCAAUUAUUUGUGUUCAACGGGCAACCCAAAGUGAAUUUUUGUAAAUGUCUUAUAUUUUUAUAUUUUCCUGAUCAUAUUAUAAUCUAGUCAAUUCUGCCUUCAAUUGUGACCACGAGUAAGAAAUACUCAAAUAUAUCCUUUUAAUGCUUACAUGAGCGUAA